CGGCGGCGAAGGCGCGGCGCGCGAUGGCAGCUGCCUAGCCCGGCGCGCGCGGAGCAGCCCGGAGCUGUGGCUGGCCAGACGGGGCGUGUGGACUGGGGACCCCGGGGUCGACGCCUCCCGGCAGGCAGAGAUGGGUACCGAACCCGGCGAGGGCAUCACUUUCUCCGUGCCGCCCUUUGCGUCCGCGGGCUUCUGCACCAUCCCGGAGGGCGGCAGCUGCCGGAGGGGAGGAGGAGCGGCGGCAGAGGGUGAGCUGAGCCAGCUGCCUCCUCCACCGCCGCCGCCGGGCAGUUUCUGGAACGUGGAGAGCGCGGCCGCUCCUGGCACCGGGUGCCCUGCUACCACCCCCGGGAGCAGCGCCACCCGAGGCCGGGGCAACACUGGCAGCGGAGGCGGUCGGAGGACCACCGUGGCUUAUGUGAUAAACGAGGCGAGCCAGGGGCAGCUGGUGGUGGCGGAGAGCGAGGCCCUGCAGAGCCUGCGAGAGGCGUGCGAGGCGGUGGGCGCCACCCUGGAGACGCUGCAUUUCGGGAAACUGGACUUCGGGGAAACCACCGUGCUGGACCGUUUUUACAACGCAGAUAUUGCUGUGGUGGAGAUGAGCGAUGCCUUCCGGCAGCCGUCCUUAUUCUACCAUCUUGGGGUGAGAGAAAGCUUCAGUAUGGCCAACAACAUCAUCCUCUACUGUGACACCAACUCAGACUCUCUUCAGUCCCUGAAGGAAAUCAUUUGCCAGAAGAAUACUAUGUGCACUGGGAACUACACCUUCGUCUCCUACAUGGUGACUCCGCAUAACAAGGUCUACUGCUGUGACAGCAGCUUCAUGAAGGGCUUGACGGAGCUCAUGCAGCCCAACUUCGAGCUGCUGCUGGGGCCCAUCUGCUUGCCUCUUGUGGACCGCUUUGUUCAGCUUCUGAAGGCGGCGCAGGCGAGUUCCAGCCAGUACUUCCGGGAAUCUAUACUCAAUGAUAUCAGGAAGGCUCGGAAUCUAUACACUGGGAAAGAAUUGGCGGCUGAACUGGCAAGGAUCCGGCAGCGAGUAGACAAUAUUGAAGUUUUGACAGCAGACAUUGUCAUCAACCUGUUGCUUUCGUACAGAGAUAUCCAGGACUAUGACUCUAUCGUGAAGCUGGUGGAGACUUUAGAGAAACUGCCAACCUUUGAUUUGGCCUCGCAUCACCAUGUGAAGUUUCAUUACGCCUUUGCACUGAACAGGAGAAAUCUCCCUGGAGACAGAGCAAAAGCCCUGGACAUCAUGAUCCCCAUGGUAAAAAGCGAAGGACAAGUUGCCUCGGAUAUGUAUUGUCUUGUUGGCCGCAUCUACAAAGAUAUGUUUUUGGAUUCGAAUUUCACCGACACUGAAAGCAGGGACCACGGAGCAUCCUGGUUCAAGAAGGCAUUUGAGUCUGAGCCAACCCUGCAGUCGGGGAUUAAUUACGCGGUCCUCUUGCUGGCAGCUGGGCAGCAGUUUGAAUCUUCCUUCGAGCUUCGGAAAGUUGGAGUGAAACUGAGCAGCCUUCUGGGUAAAAAGGGGAACUUGGAGAAACUUCAGAGCUACUGGGAGGUUGGAUUCUUUCUGGGAGCCAGUGUCCUGGCCAAUGACCACCUGAGAGUCAUUCAAGCCUCCGAAAAGCUAUUCAAACUGAAGACGCCAGCAUGGUACCUCAAGUCUAUUGUGGAGACAAUUUUGAUAUAUAAGCAUUUUGUGAAACUGACCACAGAGCAGCCCACGGCCAAGCAGGAACUUGUGGACUUUUGGAUGGAUUUCCUGGUGGAGGCCACAAAAACAGAUGUUACCGUCGUGAGAUUUCCCGUGUUAAUAUUAGAGCCGACCAAAAUCUAUCAGCCUUCUUACCUGUCUAUCAACCACGAGGUCGAGGAGAAGACAAUAUCUAUUUGGCACGUGCUCCCUGACGACAAGAAAGGGCUACAUGAGUGGGACUUCAGCGCUUCGGCCGUCCGGGGAGUCAGUAUCUCCAAAUUUGAAGAACGAUGCUGCUUUCUUUAUGUGCUUCACAAUUCUGAUGACUUCCAGAUCUACUUCUGCACAGAACUUCACUGUAAAAAGUUCUUUGAAAUGGUGAAUACCAUCACGGAAGAGAAGGGAAGGGGCACGGAAGAAGGAGACUGUGACACCAGUGACUCUCUGGAGUAUGACUACGAAUACGAUGAAAAUGGUGACAGAGUCGUGUUAGGAAAAGGCACUUACGGGAUAGUCUAUGCAGGUCGAGACCUGAGCAACCAGGUCAGAAUUGCUAUUAAGGAAAUCCCGGAGAAAGACAGCAGGUACUCCCAGCCUCUGCAUGAGGAGAUUGCUCUGCACAAGCAUCUGAAACACAAAAACAUUGUUCAGUAUCUGGGCUCGUUCAGUGAGAAUGGCUUCAUCAAGAUCUUCAUGGAGCAAGUCCCAGGAGGGAGUCUUUCUGCUCUCCUUCGUUCAAAAUGGGGCCCAUUGAAGGACAAUGAGCAAACAAUUGGCUUCUAUACGAAGCAGAUACUGGAAGGAUUAAAAUACCUUCAUGACAACCAGAUAGUUCACCGGGAUAUAAAGGGUGACAAUGUAUUGAUCAACACCUACAGUGGCGUUCUCAAGAUCUCUGACUUCGGGACAUCAAAGAGGCUUGCUGGCAUAAACCCGUGUACCGAAACCUUUACAGGUACCCUUCAGUAUAUGGCACCAGAAAUAAUCGAUAAGGGACCACGAGGCUAUGGAAAGGCUGCAGACAUUUGGUCUUUGGGCUGCACAAUCAUCGAAAUGGCUACAGGAAAACCACCAUUUUAUGAACUCGGAGAGCCGCAAGCAGCCAUGUUCAAGGUGGGGAUGUUCAAGGUCCACCCAGAGAUCCCAGAGCCCAUGUCUGCUGAGGCCAAGGCAUUCAUACUGAAGUGUUUUGAACCAGACCCGGACAAGAGAGCCUGUGCUAAUGACUUGCUUAUUGAUGAGUUCCUAAAAGUUUCCAGCAAGAAGAAAAAGACACAGCCCAAGCUUUCUGCUCUCUCGACUGGAUCAAAUGAGUAUCUUAGAAGUAUUUCCCUGCCGGUCCCUGUCCUGGUGGAAGACACCAGCAGCAGCAGCGAGUAUGGUUCUGUGUCUCCCGACACAGAGCUGAAGGCAGACCCCUUCUCCUUCAAAACCAGAGCCAAGUCCUGCGGGGAGAAGGAUGGGAAAGGGAUCCGGACACUCUUUCUAGGCAUUCCAGACGAAAACUUUGAAGACCACAGUGCGCCCCCGUCCCCCGAAGAGAAAGACUCCGGCUUCUUCUUGCUGAGAAAGGAUAGUGAGAGGCGGGCUACCCUUCACAGGAUCCUCACAGAAGACCAGGACAAGGUUGUGCGGAACCUCAUGGAAUCUCUGGCCCAGGGUGCUGAAGAGCCUAAACUAAAGUGGGAGCACAUCACAACCCUCAUCGCGAGCCUCAGGGAGUUUGUGAGGUCCACAGACCGGAAAAUCAUCGCCACUACGCUGUCAAAGCUGAAGCUGGAGCUGGACUUCGACAGUCACGGCAUCAGCCAGGUGCAGGUGGUCCUAUUCGGCUUCCAGGAUGCGGUCAAUAAAGUUCUUCGGAACCACAACAUCAAGCCACACUGGAUGUUCGCCCUGGACAGCAUCAUCAGAAAGGCUGUGCAAACGGCUAUUACCAUUCUGGUGCCAGAGUUGAGGCCACAUUUCAGCCUUGCGUCCGAGAGUGACACGGCUGACCCAGAAGACUUGGAUGUUGAGGAUGAGCACGAGGAGCCGCCUUCAAACCAGCCUGUCCAGAGGCCUCAGGCCGUGGUCGUUGUUGAGGACGCUGUGGCUACCUCGGGGGUGAGCACGCUCAGCUCCACUGUGUCCCACGAUUCCCAGAGUGCUCACCGGUCGCUGAGUGUGCAGCUCGGAAGGAUGAAAAUAGAAACCAACAGACUACUUGAAGAGUUAGUUCGGAAAGAGAAAGAGCUGCAAGCACUCCUUCAGCGAGCUAUUGAAGAGAAAGACCAAGAAAUUAAACACCUGAAGCUCAAGUCCCAACCCAUAGAUAUCCCAGGGUUUCCUGUGUGCCACCUGGACUCUCCUGGCACAGCCCACGAAGAUUCUGAGCUCGCUGGCUGGCUGAGAGCGAAUGGAGCUGAUGAAGACACUAUAAGUCGGUUUCUGGCCGAGGACUACACACUGCUGGAUGUUCUCUACUACGUCACACGUGAUGACUUAAAGUGCCUCAGACUAAGGGGAGGCAUGCUGUGCACGCUGUGGAAGGCCAUCGUCGACUUUCGGGACAAAUGCACCUGACAUGAGUACAGAACUGCUUGCUCCCCUGUGGGACAAGGAGCCAAGGGAGGAGAGGAAGAAGCUGCACUUUAAACCCAGUGUUUGUUUACUAGUGUCAAAAAAAAAAAAAAAAAAAAAAAAAGGACAAAACUCAUUGAAAUUUCCCAAGUUCUAUUUCUACAAAAUUCCAAAGGACUCACCAUAAAGGUUUUCAAAAUAAUCCUAGUUAAGAGCUCUAACGUCGAGGACUGUUUUAGUCUAC